CACGUGAACGGUUCGAUAGCGAUAGUGUAGUUUCCAUCUUAACGUUAAUAAAUUUCACAUCAUUUCUGGAUCUUUAUUGCUUUAAAAACGGUUUAACACAAGUGCUUUAAUUUGCUUUAUACUACUACAAAUAAAUUGUAGUGGAGUGAUUGGAGUGUUACGCUCGUGAGUCGCAUAUCAAGCAACAAGGCAAGGACAGACGAUAUCCUCCUCCAAAUUGGAAGCGUAAAUAUUUUCAUAUGGAAAUGUUGCCGCCUACUGACAACAAUAACGAAUUAAACGGUCCUAUAACUUUAACGCCAAUAUCGUUAACAACAACAAAUGCCGAUAACUCGCUAACAAGAUUCGGGAGUGAAGGAAGGCCAAGAGAAAAUGAAAAAUAUGAUGACCAUCAAUACAAAGGACCAAAAAUAUGGCUUUACUUGGUUAGAAAUUGGCCCAUAAUGUCAGAACCUUUAGCGAUAAUUUUCAUCUUUUUAUCACUUUGGACUAUUGGAUAUAUAUUGAUGCCAACGUAUGCAUUACCGCAUACAGUUGUUAUGCGUAUAAUUUUCUUGUUUAUUGGAGCUCAAACGAUUGGCGUUUUAUUCACAUUCAUACAAUUGCCUGAUAUGCUAGGUAUGCUGUUCUUUGGUGUUCUAUACGCCAAUCUAGGUUGGGCCAAUUUUAAAGAUUAUGAAAAAUUUGAAGCUUUUUUAAGAGAAAUGGCUUUAAUAAAUAUUAUGCUCUUGGCUGGGUUGGGUUUGAAUGCCAAUGCUUUUAAGAAAUUGUGGUUUAUGAUUUUACGCUUGACUUUGAUACCCACUGUGGCUGAAGUAGCCAUUAUUGCAAUUUUGGGUCGAUUCCUUUUAAGCAUGCCGUGGCUGUGGGGCGUUUGUUUGGGCUUGAUAAUAACCGCCGUCUCGCCUAAUGUAGUCGUAACCGUUAUGCUCAAAUUGAAGGAAGAACGUUUAGGUCUUAACGAUGGAAUUCAUACUCUCAUCUACGCCAUGACCGCCUGUAAUGACAUAUUAGCGAUAUUUCUAUUCGGUGUUAUGAUAGGCAUAAUCUUUUCAAAAGGUCACUUAAGUGAACAGCUGCUACAAGGUCCGAUUGGAAUCGGCAUUGGCCUCGUAUAUGGGUCUCUAUUUGGUUUGAUGUUACAGUUUGUGCCUUCACGUAAUGCGACGUAUGCAAAUGGUUUACGUUUUGUUCUAACCGUCUUGGGUGGCACCAUUUCGGUGAUGGGCAGCAAAGCUAUCGACUAUACCUCAGCUGGAGCAUUGGGUUGCGUAACACUUGCAUUUAUAGCUGGCAUCGGUUGGAGGCGUCAACAGCUCAAGCUAACUGUCGAAGAGCGACAUGCAAAUGAAAAUUCUACGGUAGCGAAACGUCUUGAUUUGUUAUGGAAAUUUUUGAAACCAGUUUCAUUCGCACUCAUUGGCAAGGAAAUUAAUUUUGCCGUGUUGAAUGCUAAAGUUGUUAGUUAUGGUGCCCUGCUGGUGUUACUGGGUAGUUUGUCUCGUUUAGUAUUUGCCUACGUAUCUACGUAUGGCGGGCAUCUGACGAAAAAAGAACGAGCCUACAUUACAAUAUCCGGUUUUCCCAAAGCAACUGUCCAAGCAGCUUUGGGUCCGAUAGCUUUGGAUUUGGCCCGGUCGUUAAAUGCUUCUGCAGAUAAAUUAUUACUGGCAAGCAAUGUAUUAAUUAUAUCGGUAUUAGCCAUUAUUUUUACAGCUCCUCUGGGUGCAAUACUUAUGUUACGUUUAGCUCCUCGCUGGCUAAAACAUACCCCGUUGGAAGGUUCGCAUCCAUAUGCAUUCGAUAAUCCCGCACAAUACUCGGUAGAGGACAAUACUAUUGAUACGGUUUGCGAGCAAUGCCAUCGCGUUGAACCUAUUAGUUCUCAAAAGAGACGGAAUUCGCUUAACGUAUAAGACAUUCAUUCAAAGAGUUAACUAAAGAAGUAUUACUUAGAUAAACAUUUUGAUUUGCUGUCUUAUAAACAGAUGCAGUUUUUUUUUUUUUUUUUUAUAUACAUUUGCCUUCGAUUUAUGUUAUGGUAGCGUUGAUAGCAUUGAAGUUUUCUUUAUGUAAUGUAUUCUGUACAAAUUGUAAGCCUAGGAGGCCAGUUAUAAUUUUGACAAAUACAACAAAUAUAAUACAAA